GCACCAUCCUGCAAUAUCAUUGAUUCAUGUGAAUCCUACCCAGAGUACACAGGGUGCCGAUGAAACACCGGCAGAUCCAACAGCAUGGUCCUUAGCGAAGAUGACAAGAGGGAAUACCAGAAGCCGUGGACGGUAGGGAGACACUUGGAUAUUUCUGCCGGGUAUAUUUUCCAGAUCAUAAAUCCUGCCACUAAGAGUUGGCAGCCGUCACAAGGAACUCCCUGGGCUGCAGAUCCGCCAAAACAUCUGAUCCCUCGCCUAAUCGGGCUGGCCAGUAAACGCCAGCCGGGAUCAGCGCCAGAGAAGUCCCCGAAAGGAUGCAGCGUGAAGAACCAUGGCGGUACCGAGGGCGGCGUUUCCGUCAAAUUUACGGCUUCCGAGAAAGGAAAAUUGGCUGGAGGCUUCAGUGAGCACCAGAGUCGAGUUGGUGGCUCUGCUGAGAGAGACCGUGGACGGCUGAUCUGCCGUCAGCAUUUGAAUAUCGCCGGGGCCCGGUUGACGAGUGGCCAAUCAUCCCGUUUCCAGGGAGGCGAGCUGGGAAGAGACCAAUCCGAGGGGCCCAAGAAGCAGCACAUCUGCUGGCGCGGUCCUGAUCCUGGCACUGUGAAAGCGAUGGUCAGGGGAGUUCGUAUCCAGACUGGAAGCUCGACGCGAGUGGGCUGA